AUGCCUCACGUUCGAGAUCCUACAUACUUACUUGCGCCGAACUGGACUUACCGCCCAAAUGGCCCGAUUGCUCUUGGAAACAUAAUUGUUGAUCCGUUCCGCCCUCAGUAUGCAAUCUCCAAGCCGACCAAGCCUCUACCUGAGACGGAGGUAGUAACGGAGAAUAACUGGAUAUUUGAGACUGAAAAAAUACGGAGUGUGAAUGUGAGCAUCUGGACUCGCUUAUUCAAUCAACUGAGCAUCAAACUCGGCCCGAACCGUCAGAGAGCAGAUACUGUCAAAAUUGUCAUGAGAUCUCUCGAGACCACUUACUUUAGAGAUGAGCCCUCGAUGCAAGACAUCCAAGCGAUUGCCAAGGAGCCAAUCGUUCGCAGUAUUCUGAAUGCCGAUGGCCUGCUUCGAAGCCCGGUAUACAUGGUGACUGGUCUGAAAGUUGCAAAAGGAUUCCAGUUAACCCACCAUGGGUCAUCCGGACGCGGACUGUCUGCCGAAAUGUCAGAAAGUGUUGCUCCAGAUAUGUCUGUCGGUGGCAAUGCCAAAAUUGAGAUAACGACGGCCACCUCAAAUGGAUUUGAAGCCGCAGAUGAUAUCAUCUUUGCAUACCAACUGCUCAUCAUUAAACCCAAGGGUUGGGGUCCGAAAACGACUUUCAAGCUGGAUGACUAUCGACACAAGGCGGCAAUGCUCGUGGAUAGUAACAGCGACGAAGCAGAAGAAGGAGAAAUUGAAAUUGAAUACGGUGGUGCAACAGUUGAUGAAGUGGUCACAAUUCAAGAAGGCAUUACGGAAGUUAAUCCUGACAAAGCCCAACAUGAGUGGCUCUUCCAAGACGAAUGA